AUGAUCAUAACGAAUAUUCUUGCAGUUAUGGUGUCCUUUUUGGGCAUCAUAGCUCAGGCUGUGCCUCGUGUUUCGGGAGAAAUCCGAGAGAGCAAGAGACAAGCCCCAAACCGUCUCGUCUUCGCGCAUUUUAUGAUUGGGAUUACCAGUGACCGGCACAGUUCCUCUGAUUAUGACGAUGAUAUGAAACGCGCUAGUGCGCUGGGUAUAGAUGCAUUCGCAUUAAAUAUCGGGGUGGAUCCCUAUACGGAUCAGCAGUUGCAGCUUGCUUAUGAUUCAGCCGCGAGAAAUUCAAUGAAAGUAUUCAUAUCAUUUGAUUUCAACUGGUGGAAUACCGGACAGGCAUUUGCCAUAGGCCAAAAGAUUGCACAAUAUGCCGACAAACCAGCACAACUAAUGGUCGAUAACAAAGUUUUUGUCUCGUCAUUUGCAGGUGAUGGGUUGAAUGUAGGGUCCUUGCGCGACGCUGUUGGACGGCCAAUAUUCUUUGCACCAAACUUUCACCCGUCAUAUGGAACUGGUACAUCUUCUGUUGACGGGCUACUCAAUUGGAUGGCAUGGCCAAAUAACGGCCAAAACAAGGCUCCUUCAGCGGGACAAAAUGUCUCUGUCACAGAUGGCGACAACGUAUAUGUGAAUGCUCUCGCCGGAAAGGCUUACAUUGCACCGGUUUCUCCAUGGUUUUCGACCCACUUUGGCCCUGAAGUAUCCUAUAGCAAGAAUUGGGUAUUCCCAUCCGAUUUACUGUGGUAUAAUCGGUGGAAUGAAAUUCUCGAACUAGGGCCCCGCUUCAUUGAAAUCGUAACAUGGAACGACUACGGCGAGUCACACUAUAUCGGGCCCUUAAAAUCCAUUCAUACUGAUGACGGGGCAUCAAAAUGGGUAAAUGAUAUGCCACAUGACGGGUGGCUAGACAUCUCCAAGCCAUAUAUUGCAGCCUUCAAGGACGGAGCAAAAUCAGCUGCCAAAUACAUUACAUCGGAUGAGCUGGUUUACUGGUAUCGACCAGCCCCACGUGAUGUGAACUGUGAUGCGACUGAUACAUGCAUGGUUCCAGCAAACAAUGGCAGCGGAAACUAUUUCAUGGGCAGACCAGACGGUUGGCAGUCUAUGCAGGAUGCUAUAUUCGUUGUAUCCCUUCUCCAAUCCCCUGCAUCGGUGCAGGUUAACAGCGGGGGAACUCUCUAUCAAUAUGAUGCACCGGCUGGGGCAUUUGCUCAGCAGGUUCCAAUGCAAGUUGGGACUCCAUCGUUCACUGUUCUUCGCAAUGGAAACCAGGUCCUUUCUGGGACAAGUCUGAAACCAAUAAUUAACGGCUGCGUCUGUGAAUUAUACAACUUCAAUGCAUAUGUUGGAACGCUGCCACUCGAGUUUAAUGACCCUCUUCAGGCAGACGGAUUGGCAGCUUUCAACCAAGGCCUUAAGGUUCAAACUUGCCAAGCUACUCCAUCACUUGGUACAGUACCUCCAGAAUCUACAGCUCCCACAAAGACAUCUAUAAUAGGCUCUACUUCGCCGAGUUCCCCACCGACUACGACUCCUCCCACCAGCCUGCCUCCGACUCCACCUCCCACUCCGCCAAUGGGCUGCCCAACAACCUGUCCUACAGCUGGUGGUGGAUACACAAUAACUUCCACCACUACCACCACACAGUUCAAUACUGUAACAGUGACCCAAACUCUCCCAUGUACUCCUACUGGGGGAGGUGGUGGCAGUGGCAGUGGCGGCGGUAGCGGUAAUGUGUGUACUGGCGGAACUGGCCCAGGAAAUUAUUAUGGAGCGUCUAUUCCCGCUCCUCCAAGUACCGGAUGGCAUGGCGCGCCCCUUUCAGGGGAAGAUAGUUCAUACUUGGGGCUUUGCAGUUUCGCUUGCGAUCACGGAUACUGUCCCUCGACGGCCUGCAGGAUUGUCUAG